CGUAGGGGCAGGAAAUAUUAAAUAAGCUGGCCAGAACCAAAGCGAAGCUGUCACUUAGGCUGAGAUUUAUUAACUCUGAAGAGGAGCAAAUUAAAGGUUUUGAUGGACCCAUCAAUCCCACCACUGUGAUUUUUCCAAAGGUUGAACCUUUGGGGAGCUGCAGUCGUUGCACUAACAGGUUUUUAAAGGUUAGGCAUUGGCGCUUCUGUCUGGAGCAGAUCUGCAGAGGAGUUGUUGUUUUUUUCCUUCUUCUUUCAUGCUUUAUUAUUUCCUGAUUCUGCAGUGGGAUGGGUCUGUUGAGAAAGAUUUUCAUUCCCUUUGUAGGAUUGGUUUUGGCCUUCUGUUUUUAUUCAGCAAGGGAGGAUUUUAAACCUGAGAUGCUGAAAGGGAAGCGAGUGAUUGUCACUGGAGCAAGCACUGGAAUUGGAGAGCAAAUGGCUUAUCACCUGGCGCGGAUGGGAGCCCAUAUUCUGAUCACAGCACGGACGGAAGCCAAGCUUCAGAAAGUCAUCACACGGUGUCUGGAGCUGGGUGCAGCCUCCGCGCAGUAUGUGAGCGGCAGCAUGGAGGAUGAGGCCUUUGCCGAGCAUGUGGUGAAGGAGGCUGAGCUACUGCUGGGAGGCCUAGACAUGCUGAUCCUCAACCACGUUGGCAACUCAUACUUCAACUAUUUCGACGGAGACGUGGGUCACGUGCAGAAGCUUCUGAAGAUUAACUUUCUCAGCUACGUGGCCAUGACGGUUUCGGCGCUGCCCAGGCUGAAAGACAGCGGGGGCAGCAUCGUGGUGGUUUCAUCCAUGGCAGGUAAAGUUGGGUUUCCAUUUACUGCUCCCUACUCUGCAACGAAGUUUGCCCUAGAUGGGUUUUUCAGCUCCUUGCGGCAGGAAUUAAUCAUUCAGAAGGUUGAUGUUUCCAUCACGCUCUGUAUACUCGGUUUCGUUGAUACAGAAAGUGCCAUGAAAGCAGCUUCUGAUGUGGUUCUGGUGUCCCCUGCACCGAAGGAGGAGUGUGCGCUGGAAAUCAUCAAGGGGGGAGCCCUCCGCCAACGGGAAAUUUACUACAAAUACGCAGCUACCAAAAUCCCCCUCUUGAUCCGGGACUGGGCUCCAGAACUCCUGGAUUAUCUGAUCAGAAGAAGCUACAACGUGGAGAACCUAAAGAAAAAUUAAUCAGUCUGAGUUCUCCAGUGCCUUUCCGCUCAUACCUGUCUCUGGGGUUACCUUAAUCAAGGCCUGGUGUGCUGUGGAGCUCCCUAGCCCAGGCUCCUUCUCACUAAGGGAAUGCAAUGCUGGGAUCCCUCAUCGUGUGACCCUGGGAUCAUGUGGCAUUUUACAGUCCUGAAAACCAAUGCAGCAUGCCUAGGGUUGCCAGGUGUCUGGUUUUCAACUGGAACGCCCGUCAAAAAGGGACCCUGGCGGCUCCAGUCAGCACCGCUGACCGGGCCGUUAAAAGUCCAGUAGGCACCGCAGCGGGGCUAAG